CCUAGGAUAUAUAGGUUCUUCAUUGACCCUUCGUCUCCAUCUGUCGACCUUCUUCCCAGAAAAAAAAUAUAUAUAUACAUACACACAUAUAAAUAUGUAUAUUUUUAUGUAUGUGUGUAUGUAACAGCUCCGAAUUCUUAAUCUUCCAGCUCUGUUCUUCGUGGUGAUCCCAAUUCGAAGGCAUUGCUGUUACCAAUUUGCCCAACAUUCUGAACCCGUUUGCAGGAAAAACCCCAUAUUGUUGUUUCUCUGUUUCUUGCUUCGAAUGCCAAAAAUACCCGUUUUCUUUCCUUCCGGGUUUUCUUGAAUCCGAUCCUUGGCGUGGACCGAGUCCUCAGAGAACAAGAUGUUGAGGGGGUUCCGAAAGCCGAGAUUCGUCACCAAAUGCAAAUCGGAUAUAAAGAUGACGAAGAUGCGGCUCGAGGCGAUAAAGAAGAAGAGGAACGCAGUGCAGAAGUUUUUGAAGAACGAUAUGGCUGAUCUUUUGAGCAGUGGCCUUGGCAUCAAUGCUUAUGGCAGGGCUGAGGGGCUUCUAGUUGAGCAAAAUAUGUCCGCCUGUUACGAAUCAACAGAAAACUUUCUUGGAUGCAUCUCGAGUCAUCUGUCUCUCAUGCAAAGUCAGAGUGAGUGCCCUGAGGAAUGCAAGGAAGCUGUUCCAUCUUUGAUGUACGCUGCAGCACGAUUUUCUGAUUUGCCAGAACUGCGUGACCUCCGAACUCUGUUUAGUGAAAAAUAUGGCAAUUCUCUCGAACCUUUUCUGAAUAAAGAGUUUGUGGAGAGGUUGAAAUCAAAGCCUUCAACGAAGGAGAUGAAGAUUCAGUUAAUGCAUGACAUAGCACGGGAAUUCUCAAUUGAAUGGGAUUCAAAGGCCUUGGAACAGAAACUGUAUACUCCACCUGCACCAGACCAAGGUCAGCGCAGGUAUGGGUCUCCAGUUGACAGCGAUAACGAUAUGCACAAAUCACAUAAAGGGCAGGAUAAUGCUUUCCCGAAGAGAAGAAACCAGGAUGCUGGGGACAAAUUAAGCCACACAACGUCUUCUACUGCAUCAGUAGGAAAUGAGAUCGACUUGAAACCUCAGGCAAGCAAGGGUGACUCUUAUGACAGAUACAAGCUGCAGAGCAGCAGUGAAGAUGAAACCACAACAGACGCAUCCCAAUCUUCCCCAAAGUAUUCUUCAAGCGCAGUAGGAAGCACAUCCGCAGAUGAAGCAGAUAACAAGAAGAUGCCCUUCCACUCCAAAUUUAUUCCACCACCUUACUACAAACCAAGACCUGGAAAAAAGGAAAGCAGUCACGGCGAAAAGGAAACAGAUCAGCCUAGCAAUGUUUCAGUCGACGAAGAUAAUACAAAACCAAGAUCAGUAAGGUGGAAAAACUUGAAACCACCACCAGGUCGUGAGGAUCUUGACAGGAACGAUAAAACUAGACACGGAGAUGAUAGUGAUCCAAGGGACAAAGAAGAGAGGAUAAUGGACGGGCUUUUGUUGCAUUACAGCAAGAAACAGUCACCCUAUGAAUCGAGCCAGAAGAAGGGAAAUGUAGACGAGUAUGAUGGUGGUGAAUCCACAUGGAAGAGAAGCAGAAGAUCUCAGCGAGAAGCUCCAUCGGCCAGAGCAUCAUCUCUGCCACCAGAGCCAACAAGUCCAAUUGAGGCACCGAGAAAGCAUGGCCGAGCAGUGUCCUUGGAACCGGAUGCGCAUGUGCACCCAAAGCUACCGGAGUAUGAUGAACUGGCAGCUCGAAUUGCGGCUCUUAGGGGAAUAUAGAAGAAAGAAAGCAUUAGAAAUUAAAGUGUGUCUAUACGUAAAAAGUGAGUUGGUGUCAUAUUCUCUACCUCCUAAAUCCUAAUAGAAAAAUAUUAUUAGAGUUGAUAAACAUUCAUUAAUCAUUAGUUACUGGUCCUAUAUCAAUGUAAAAAUCCCCAAAGUUGCACGGUUGAACUUUAGGGUUCACAAUCUAACAAUACUUUAGAUAUAAAUUCCAAUUGUAUAUUUUAUGUUUU